AUGUCCUGGAGACAAGCCAUCCUCCUGUCGUCUCUCUUGGCCAUGGUGCUCCUGUGUAUGCUCCAAGAGGGGACCAGUGCCUCUGUGGGCAGCAGCCAGGCAGCCGGAGAAGAGGCACAGGAGGGUAUGAAACAAAAGAUUUUCAUGCCAGAGUCUGAUGCCUCGAAUUUCCUCAAGAGGCGUGGCAAGCGGUCUCCCAAGUCCCAAGAUGAAGUCAAUGCGGAAAACAGACAGAAGCUGCGGGAUGACGAGCUGCGGAGAGAGUACUAUGAGGAACAAAGGAACGAGUUUGAGAACUUCGUGGAGGAACAAAGAGAUGAGCAGGAAGAGAGGACCAGGGAGGCAGUGGAGCAGUGGCGGCAGUGGCAUUAUGAUGGCCUGUACCCUCCAUACCUCUACAACCGCCAUCACAUCUGA